AUGUCGGACAGGCGGGACGACAUAUCCAACCACAUCGACAAGGAACACCUUCGCAAAUACUUUGACAGGCGCUUCAAGGAGAUUGCAAACACCCGGCGUUCCAAGUGGGGUCGCUUCACCACGUCGCACGACAAUGCCACGUGCAUGCGCAGCAGCAGCUACACAGAUGUAGACGGCAACAGAGUCGUGGUCGAUAUUCUGCCCAACGGCGAGGCUGGCCGUCAACGCAACCUGGAGAUCGAGGGCCAGAACAUGCGGGACGCCAGACGCAUCUGGAGCAACCGCCCGGGAAGGAAACCCAAGCAUGGCAGCGCCCCCGGCCGGCUGGCCGAACAGUGGAAGGACCCUGAGCACUGGAAAAGCAGGUAUAAUUACGACCCCCUCCCGCAAUCGAAGUCGACAGACAGGCUGCUUAUCCACUCCGAACUCGCGACUAUCCCGUACAAGUCUCCCCAUGCCCCUCCACGUCACCCCAAUCCUCCCAGACGUGAAAGGCGUCUUCUUCGGCCCCCACAGACCAUGCGUAUCUUGUCGUCUUUUGCAUUGGCUUCUUCUGGCUCUGGGUCUCCCUAUGCCUCUGUCUCUGCGUCGGGUGCCCCGACUUUAUCCACUUCAACCUCGCAGUCCUCUGUUCCGUUUCUCUCUUCUGGCUCUGGCUCGCGCACCUUGCCCGGCCGGGUUCCUCCCCCCGAGGCCUAUACCUCUCAGUCCGCAUCCCAGAGGUUUCUGUUCGCGUCGGAUGAUGAGGAUGAUGACAAGUCUGACAACGAGGGCGCCGUAUGCAUGAAGCCUUCGGGCCGUCGUGUUGGUACCCCCCCUUAUUUUUUUCCCGCUCCCUUGGCAACGGCUAGCACUAGCUCCGCCGCUACUGGCAGCUCUAGCUCGGUCAUCACCUCGACCCAGAAGCCUUUAAAGUAUGAGCCCCUGUAUGUGUCCCCUGAGGAGCCCAAGAAAUUCCAGCCUUUUGAGAUCCCCAUCGUGGGCCAUGAAAAUAGCGAAGUCAGACUGGCCUUCUCCGACUCUAAGGGCAAUUACGAUGUCUCUGGAGGCCCUCUGGCAUUACUACUCCUAAACGCCGCCGCGGGCGUCACCCCCUCCUCCCUCCUUUCCUCAUCACAGCAGCAGCAUAUUAACCCUCGUCCCCGUCCCCAACCUCGACCUAUCCUUCUGCCCCCAUCACCUCCAUCUCAUGUCCCCCCUGUCGUCCAUCUCCGUUGCAAUGAAACCAUCUGGCUUGGUGUCCAGGCCUUUCUCAAAUCAUCCGGGGUUAAGCUAGAUCCGGAGGUGUAUACACUGCCGUCGGUGAGGCUUGGGGAUUUGCAGGCUGUGAGGAGGUGGUUUAAUAGUGAGGGGCGACGUGUGGAGAAGGAAGGGGGUGAGGGGAGUGAGAAGGAGAUGGGAAUGAAGGAGAGGAAGAUGUGGGUUACGAAGAACUGGAGGGCCGGUGACGAAGGUGAGUGGCAGGAUCCGGUGGCGGGAGUGUUGGGGGAGUGUGAACGGCGGUGUGAGCUUGCUAUCGCAGAAAUCAUGUCUGUUUUGCGGGAAGAAAACGAGGAGAUUGGCGCAGCUGGGAAGAUGCUUUGGUCGAUGUGGGAGGAGCUGGAGAGGAGAGACCGGUUGAUGAGUGCGCCAUUUGAUAUUCCUCUGCUACCGGCCACAAGAAGGUGGGAGAGGAUUUUGGAGAGGGUGAGGGUUGCAAGGGCAAGGGAGUAUGAGGAGUUAACAAGGAUGGAAAGGGCUGAGGAGGAGCGGUUGGAGAUCGAGCGGGAGAUAGAGAGAAUCAGGCUGGCUGAGGAGGUGCGACAGCAGGCCCUGAUGUGGUUAGAUCCUCAAGCAAGGUUGAUGGCGAGGAUGGAUGGUACAUGGAACGACAACGACAGUAACGAUAAUCCUUCUGGUAUCGAAUCCGCCAACUUGGAUGACAACAGAGAAGACAUUGAUGACAACCCCCUGCAGCCACCGCUCUUUAUCCGGGCUGCUGACGUCCCUUCUUUCCAGUCCCCUCCCGAGCAACAACAACAACAACAACAACAGCAGCAGCAGCAACAGCAACCACCUGGGCCCCCGUCGUUUGGCUUUGGUCUUGACAUCGUCGACCGCGUGCGCAACGAAAACAUACAACAGUGGUGGGAGCGCGAGCAGCAGCGGCGGGAAUAUGAGCAGGUCCAGGUCAUCAACGUUCCCGUCGAGGAGGAAGAAACCUCGCCAGCGCUGGAUUCGAACACAAAUCCCCAAAUUGCUAGCAACACCAACAACUUUGAGUCCGGCGAUCAAUCGCGCUCUGAGAGAGCAGAGAGAGUGCCGCUGAGAUACCAGAUCGCCUUGGAGUACCAGUGGCAGUUGGAAGAGAAGGAGAAUGAGGAGAAAAAGGAGAACGAGCUUUCUCACGGUGGGAAGGAGCUUGGCAGUCUGGGGGAGUACGUCCUGCAAGAAACGUGGGAGAUGAGGGAGGAGAGGAAAAAUCAAGAGGAGGAGCGCUGCAAGAAGGAAGAACUGACUCGGAAAGAAGAGAGAGACGAUGUGAGUCAAAUGAUGAAGAGUUGGGAUGAUGAGCGGCUGGAGAGGGAGGCUGUGGCCGGAGUGUUGGUGGGGUGGUUGACUUGCCGGAAGGAACAAUACGAUAAGAUUGCCAAGCUCCAGGGCGAGCAGUUUGCCAGGGUUGUGUUCUGGGAAAACGAGUACACUUACCGGAUCCCUGGCGGCCUGGUGCGGUGGCUCAGGGCCAAAAAGUUUAACUUCAUUGCUCCUCAUCCAUAUCUCGACGACCGAGGGCCUUGA